GAAAUCACCAAGGAAGCAAGAAGAACACAAACACGCAAGCGAGCUACCUGCAAAGUAGAGACAUUGAGUUUUGCUAGUUUCUACUCGAUAGACAGGAACGAUGGCCGGAGGUGGAGGAGACGAUGUGAAGCUGCUGAGCUUUUGGGCGAGCCCGCCGGCCCUGCGAGUGCGCCUGGCGCUCAGCAUCAAGGGCGUGAACCACGAGUACGUGGAGGAGGACCUCCGGAACAAGAGCGAGCUGCUCCUCCAGUCCAACCCCGUCCACAAGAAGGUCCCGGUGCUGAUCCACGGCGGCAAGCCCGUCUGCGAAUCGCUGGUCAUCGUCCAGUACAUCGACGAGGCUUUCAGCGGCCCUCUACUCCCAGCCGACCCCUACGAGCGCUCCGUGGCUCGGUUCUGGGCCGCCUUCGUCGACGACAAGUUCGCGAAGGCGAUGUACCAGGCGUCAUGGGGCAAGACGGAGGAGGAGAAGGCGGAGGGGAAGAAGCAGGUGUUGGAGGCGGUGGAGACCCUGGAGGGAGCCCUGAGGGAGUGCUCCAAGGGGAAGAGCUUCUUCGGCGGCGACAGCCCCGGGUACGUGGACGUGGUGCUCGGCGGCAUGCUCGCGUGGGUGCGCGCCGGUGAGGUGAUGCUGGGAGUCAAGACCUUCGACCCUACCACGACGCCUCUCCUGGCCGCGUGGGCGGACAGCUUCGGCGCGCUGGACGCGGUGGAGGCGGUCAUGCCGGACGUCGGAAGGUUGGUCGACCUUGCCGUGAAGAUGCAGUCUGCUGCGGCGGCCGAGGCUGCCCCAGUGGCUAACCUGGAGAUCCGAAACAAGUUCCAACCAGAAAUGGCCGGCGGAGGAAACAACGAAGUGAAGCUGCUGGGCAUGUGGGCGAGCCCUUUCGUCCUGCGAGCGCAGCUUGCUCUCAGCCUCAAGGGCAUCAGCUACGAGUACGUGGAGGAGGACCUCAAGAGCAAGAGCGAGCAGCUCCUCACAUCCAACCCCGUGCACAAGGCGGUGCCGGUGCUGAUCCACGGCGGCAAGCCCGUCUGCGAGUCGCUGGUCAUCCUGCAAUACAUAGACGAGGCCUUCGCCGGAAUCGGCCCCUCUCUCCUCCCGGAGGAUCCCCAUGACCGCGCCGUUGCUCGCUUCUGGGCAUCUUACAUCGACGACAAGCUGGUGAAAGCGUCGACCCAGGCGUCGAGGGGCAAGACGGAGGAGGAGAAGGAGGAGGGGAAGAAGCAGGCGGCGGCCGCGGUGGAGACCCUGGAGGGAGCCCUGAAGGAGUGCUCCAAGGGGAAACCAUUCUUCGGUGGCGACAACGCUGGGUAUGUGGAUGUCGUGCUCGGUGGCCUCCUCGCAUGGGCUCGCGCGGGAGAUUUGAUGAAGGGCGUCAAGACCUUCGACCCCGCCACGACUCCGCUCCUGGCCGCGUGGGCGGACAGCUUCGGCGCGUUGGACGCGGUCGAGGCAGUCAUGCCGGAGGUCGGCAAGCUAGUUGAGUUUGCCAUGGCUAUGCAUGCUCACGCCGCGGCCGCGGCAGCCGCCGCCGCAACUAACUAAAGAGGCGUUGCUCUCGUUUGUAUGCAGCUCUGCUUGAUAGUGUGCCGAACAAUCAGAGAUAUCUGUGUUUUCUAUGUUUGUUUUUGUCAACCUUAUGUAUGGACACUUCGUCAUUACCGGGACAUGUGGAUCAGAACUAAACUUGU